AUGGUUCACUUCUUACACCCUGGCCUCACGCCCCGCGUUCUCGUCACUCCCGACGCUCAGAGGGAUGCUCUGAGCCGCUGCGUGUUGCAGGAGGAAUCAUCUCCCUAUUCUUUGGUUAACAUCUGCCUAAAUGUCCUGAUUGCUAACCUGGAGAAGUUAUGUUCUGAAAGAUCUGAUGGAACUCUGGGUCUUCCAGCACAUUGGAGUUUACCUCAGGAAAUAGCUGAUCAAUUCCUAGGAGUGAUGACUUGGCAAGGUAAGCUGACUGAUAGAACAGCAAGCAUUUUUCAAGGCAGCCAGAUGAAACUGAAGCUGGUUAACAUUCAGAAAGCUAAAAUCUCUACAGCUACAUUUGUAAAAGCGUUCUGUCAUCACAAGUUCACUGAAUUGGAUGCUACUGCAGUGCACACUGACCUCCUAGUCCCAGACAUCCUAAAUGGUCUCUGCAGCAAUAGUUGGAUCCAACAAAACCUUCAUAGUCUACUACUGGACUCAGCAUGCAACCCUCAAGAUUCAAGACUAUCGGUUUUUGGUCAGCUCACUGGUCUUCGUGUUCUAAGUGUUUUCAACGUUUGUUUUCAUAGUGAAGACUUAGCUAAUGUUUCUCAGUUACCAAGACUAGAAAGUUUGGAUAUCUCCAAUACUCUAGUCACUAACAUCUCUGCACUCCUUAACUGUAAGGAUCGACUCAAAUCUCUCACAAUGCACUAUCUGAAAUGCCUGGCCAUGACUAAACCACAAAUUCUAGCUGUCAUUAGAGAACUUAAAUGUCUGCUUCACCUUGAUAUUUCUGAUCACAGGCAGCACAAAUCAGACCUAGCUUUUCAUUUGCUACAACAGAAGGAUAUUCUGCCUAAUAUUGUGUCACUGGAUAUUUCGGGUGGCAUCAGUAUCACCGAUGGAUUCGUAGAACUGUUCGUACGACAACGACCCACGAUGCAGUUUGUGGGACUGUUGGCUACAGAUGCUGGCUAUUCUGACUUCUUUACUACCAAGCAAGGCUUAAGGGUUGCUGGAGGAGCCAAUAUGAAUCAGAUUUCAGAAGCAUUGAAUCGAUACAAGAAUAGAUCUUGUUUUAUGAAGGAAGCCCUUUGUAGGCUCUUAACAGAAACAUUUUCAAUGCAAGUAACCAUGCCAGCUAUUUUAAAGCUUGUGGCUGUAGGAAUGAGGAAUCAUCCAUUGGAUUUGAUAUUGCAAUUCACAGCCAGUGCUUGUACCCUCAACUUAACACGCCAGGGCCUGGCCAGGGGGAUGCCUGUUCGUCUCUUGUCAGAAGUCACCUGUUUACUUCUCAAGGCUCUGAAAAAUUUCCCCCAUUACCAGCAGUUACAGAAGAAUUGUCUUCUCUCCUUAACCAAUUCCAGGAUUCUUGUGGAUGUUCCAUUUGACAGGUUAGAUGCUGCCAAGUUUGUCAUGAGGUGGCUCUGUAAACAUGAAAACCCCAAGAUGCAAACAAUGGCAGUGAGCAUCAUCUCUAUUCUAGCUCUGCAGCUGUCACCUGAGCAAACUGCCCAACUUACAGACCUUUUCACGGCAAUCAAGGAACUUCUAGCUAUAGUAAAACAAAAGACUACUGAGAAGUUAGAUGAUGUCACCUUCUUGUUUACUUUGAAAGCCCUUUGGAAUCUUACAGAUGAGUCUCCAACUGCUUGCAAGCACUUUAUUGAAAAUCAAGGAUUGCCAGUCAUCAUUCAAGUUUUGGAGACUUUUUCAGAAUCAGCAAUACAAAGCAAAGUACUCGGUCUUUUGAACAACAUAGCUGAGGUCAGAGAACUCUCUUCCACUCUGAUGAUUGAUGAUGUGGUCACUCAUGUCAGCAAUUUGCUACAUAGCAAAGAAAUAGAAGUCAGUUAUUUUGCUGCAGGCAUCAUAGCCCACCUGACAUUGGACAGGCAGCCCUGGCUAUCUCGUGACCUGCAAAGGAGUGCCCUUCUCCAGGAUCUGUAUACAACUAUCCAGAACUGGCCAAGUUCAAGUUGCAAGAUGACAGCAUUGGUGACUUACAGAUCCUUCAAGGCAUUUUUCCCACUUCUUGGCAACUUCUCUCAACCAGAGGCUCAGCUCUGGGCAUUAUGGGCUCUAUAUCAUGUCUGCAGUAAAAAUCCCAGCAAAUACUGCAAAAUGUUAGUCGAAGAAAGAGGAUUGCAGCUGUUGUGUGACAUCCAGGAGCACAGUGAGGCACACACCCAAGCACAUCAGAUUGCAACCUCCAUUCUAGAUGAUUUCAAAAUGUAUUUCAUGAAUUAUCAGAGAUCCCUUUUAUGUUGA